AUGGCAUCCUUCCAGAUUGUAUCGGAUUUACACUUGGAGCAUCACAGUUACUUGAACUAUAGCAUUGCACCGGCAGCACCAUAUCUUGCAUUGAUAGGAGAUAUUGGAUGCGUCAAAGACCACGGCUACAUUGAAUUUCUCAGAAAUCUGCUCAAUCAGUUUCGCGUUGUCUUCCAUGUGCUCGGGAACCACGAGCCUUAUGGCUCCAGUUGGGAUGACGCGUGGGAGACGCUGACCAAUUUUGAAACAGCGAAUCGAGACGAACGCAACAAGAAUUCUCAAAGCUCCACUGGGGAAUAUGUUUUACUGUAUCAGCGAGAAUACCAAAUCCCCGAAAGCAACAUAACGGUUCUUGGAUGCACACUCUUCUCGAACAUCCCAUUCUCGAAGAUGACCCCAUUCAGCAACGGCCUCAACGACUUUCGCGAAAUCGAUGGCUGGACGGUCGAAGAGCAUUAUCAACGACACAAAGAAGACCUACAAUGGUUGAACGCUCAAGUCAGCUGUAUAGCAGCCGAGACCGAUCGCAAGAUUGUCAUUUUCACGCACUACAGCCCUACCGAAGAUACUCGCACAGUCGACCCAUGCCAUACUCAGAGCAACGUCAAAUCUGGUUUCCAAACGGACUUGCGUGGUCAAGCCUGUUGGAAGAGUCCCAGUGUCAAGUUGUGGGCGUUUGGCCAUACACAUUACAACUGCGAUUUUGUCGACGAGACGACAGGCAAGAGGCUGUAUACCAACCAGAAGGGCUACUCACAAGAGCACUCGAAGGGUUUCAGAGAAGGGGACGUGGUUCACAUUGACUGA